UCGGCAGCAGCAGCGUCUCUUCGUCACUGCGGUGGUAAAGUGUCAGUUAGCUCCUUCAGUCCUGACCCAGCAGAGUCUCUGUAUGUCUGGAUAAACCUCUGAAUGGACUUCUAGAGGUUCUCCUUUGGUUCUGGAUGUUGUUCCUCGGACUCAUCUCCCGCUACAAAGACAUUGAAGUUAGCUUAGCAUGCUAACAGCGCUAGUCCCAGUUUAAAGGAGAGGAAACGGGCUUUGUGACGGACUUUGAGUGGAGAAAACGUUUCUGUCGUUGGGGGGAAAUGUCUAAAGUCCAAAUGCUGAGAUGUUUCGUCAACCAGCGACUCACUGCGGCUGCGCAGGAGAUAUGUGGGCUGUUUGAAAGAACGAUAGCAGAGUACGAGGAGGAACUUUGUAGUUCUCAAGAGGAGAACGAGCGACAACGGAAACUGCUGGACGCCGUGUUCAACCCGGAAGUCCGGAUACAACGAGCAGAAGUCCAGCAGCUGUCAGUGGUUCAAGUAGAGGGUCCCCCUGAGCAGCAGGCCUGGAGCUCCAGUCUAGACCAGGACGACCCAGAACCCCCACACAUGAUAGAGGACCAGGAGGACCUAGAACCCCCACACAUGAUAGAGGACCAGGAGGACCUAGAACCCCCACACAUGAUAGAGGACCAGGAGGACCUAGAACCCCCACACAUGAUAGAGGACCAGGAGGACCCAGAACCCCCACACAUGAUAGAGGACCAGGAGGACCUAGAACCUCCACACAUGAUAGAGGACCAGGAGGACCUAGAACCCCCACACAUGAUAGAGGACCAGGAGGACCUAGAACCCCCACACAUGAUGGAGGACCUAGAACCCCCACACAUGAUAGAGGACCAGGAGGACCUAGAACCCCCACACAUUAAAGAAGAACAGGAGGACCCAGAGCCCCCCCACAUUAAAGAGGACCAGGAGGACCCAGAGCCCCCCCACAUUAAAGAGGACCAGGAGGACCCAGAGCCCCCCCACAUUAAAGAGGACCAGGAGGACCCAGAGCCCCCCCACAUAAAAGAGGACCAGGAGGACCUCUGGACCAAUCAGGAGGGAGAGCAGCUUCAAGGUCUGGAAGAGGGUGGUCUCAAUUUCUCAUUCACUUCAUUCACUGUGAAGAGUGAAGAUGAUGAAGAGGAAGAAGAGGAAGAAGAGGACGCUCAGUCCUCUCAUCUUCAUCAAAGUCUGACUGAACUGAUGGAAAUGGAAUCUGAUGAAGAGGACUGUGGAGGACCAGAACUAGACAGGAAGUCAGGACCAGGUACUGGUAAGAGGGCUGGAGAGUCUACUGAACCUGAUGACUGGAAGGAGACCAGAGACCCUCAGUCUGGUUCUAACUCUCUGAAUGAUGAAGAUCCAACAUGUAGUUCUCACCUCUCAAGUCACCCAGUGAGGAGACCAUUACGUUGCUCAGUUUGUGAUAAAACUUUUACACACAGGGGAAAUUUAAAGACCCACAUGUUGAGUCACACGGGAGAGAAGCCUUUCCGUUGUUCAGUUUGUCAUAAAAACUUUCUCCACAGGGGGAAUUUAAACGUCCAUAUGACGUCUCACACAGGAGAGAAACCGUUCAGCUGCGCCGUCUGUAAGAAACAGUUUAAAAAUAGUUGCAGUGUCCAGAGACACAUGUUGAUCCACACGGGAGAGAAACCGUUCCGCUGCUCCGUCUGCACAGCAUCGUUUACACGAGGCGAACAUUUACACAGACACAUGAUAACUCACACAGGGGCGAAACUGUUCAGCUGCCCCGUCUGUAAGAAAACGUUCACACACGACGCGAGUGUCCAGAGACACAUGUUGACUCACACGGGAGAGAAACCCUUCAGCUGCGCCGUCUGCGACACGGCCUUCUUGCAGCAGUCGUCUUUGCAGAGACACAUGUUUACUCACGCAGCAGAGAAGCUUUUCAGCUGUUCCAUCUGUAAGAAGUAUUUCACACGCAGGGGAAAUCUACAGAUACACACAUUAACUCACAAGGGAGAGAAGCCGUUCAGCUGCUCAGAGUGCGGUAAAGAUUUUACCCGGAGGGGACAUUUAGAGGUCCACAUGAUAACUCACACGGGAGAGAAACCGUUCCGCUGCUCUGAUUGCGGUAAAGGGUUCACUAUCAGGGGAAGCCUGAAGAAACACAUGCUUAUCCACACAGGAGAGAAGCCUUUCAGCUGCUCCGUCUGUAACAAAUCCUUUAUAAAGCAAUCAUCUGUGCAGGCACACAUGUUGACUCACACAGAAGAGAAACCAUUUCGCUGCUCAGAGUGUGGGAAAGGUUUCACUGUAAAGGGAAGUCUGAAGAAACACAUGUUAUCUCACACAGGAUAGAAACAUUUCAGUGCAAUAGGGAACGGAAGCUGCACAUGGCAAGUCACACAGCAGAGAACUCCCUUUAGUGGUGUUGAUCAAGUUGACAUUAGUUCCACUCCCUCCUUCACAAGACAUUGAGGUUCCGACCUCCCUGUCCUGGGGCAGUGACUCACGUCCAACCGGGAGGACUCUAUCCACCGAUCCCCGCCAGAGAACCAUGGCCUCAGAGCUCCCGACUCAUCUUCAGCGUGGUCACGGUCUCCGAUCCUAAGCAGGAGAAACUGCUGAACAAGUCCUAGAAACCCAGUAACCACUACGAAGAGAUCUCCAGGAAGAGGCUCUGAUCUGGGCCGAGAGGUGGCGGUGUGUUUGUAACCGUGUUCGUCUUGUUUACCUUUACCUGCACUGUGAACUUGUCAUUGGGUGUUCUACGGACCUCCGAGUCCCGUAUGCUUGUAAUUGUAUAAGACAUUUUGUGUUCUCUAAUAUUAUUGAAUUGGAUCAGUAUUGUUACGGUAAAUAAACUUAGUUAUAGUUUGAAA